AACCUGGAGCAGACGUACGCCUCGCGAAACGUGAUUUCUAUUUCCGUAGCCGAACAGUUUUACACGUGCUUUAUUUCCCGCCAGGGUUGGAAUGAUGCUUGGCUUACGCAAGGCAUUUCGUCCUAUUUAUCCGGACUUCAUUUCAAGAAACUCUUUGGAAACAAUGAAUACCGACAUUGGAUUCACCAGGAGCUGGAUGAAGUAAUCAAAUACGAGGAAGAAGUUGGUGGAAUUAUUCUAGAUGCCAGUAAACCGCCUGGUAGUGCUGUUCCUACAUCAGGAGGCGGCCAGCAGCCCAUCCGCAGUCCAGAUUCGUUUCACUUUUGGCCCCAUUCAGCCCACACAGUAACUCCACGACACGCCAGAAUGAUGCGGAAGAAGGCUCACCUGGUUUUGCGGAUGCUGGAGUUGCGAAUCGGUCAACCACUUUUGAUCCAGGUGUUUAAUAAGCAGCUCUCACUUGCGGUUCAAGCGUCGCAGCAGAAAUGCCAAGCCAACCAAUGGGGCGCCAUGUUGAUAUCGACCGCCACUUUUGCCAAGGCUAUUUUCACUGUGACGGGCAAAGACAUUGGCGUUUUUGUCGACACCUGGGUCCGCCAAGGAGGCCAUGCUCGAUUUCAGCUCAGUUUUGUUUUCAAUCGAAAAAGGAACACGGUCGAGUUGGAGAUUCGACAGGAUGCGGCUAGCGGAGCUCAGCCGGCGCGAGGUCUACGUCGUUACGUCGGGCCUCUGGUCAUGGCAUUGCAGGAACUCGACGGCACUUUCCGUCACACCUUGCAAAUUGAGUCCUGCAAACUCAGUUCCUUUUCAACUUUAUCCAUCAUGAACAUGGAACUUCCGUUUGACGGAAGUUUUUCACAGACCUUUGCCCACUGUACAUUUGAUUCUUCACUGCUAACGGUAAGCUUUCAAAUUCACAUUUGGAACUACACCAUUACAUGGCCAUUAACUAAGCACUAUACUAGGAUGUUCAUGUAAGUUCAUUACAUUUCU